AUGUCGACCGACCGGAUCUCCUUUCAGGCGCAUCUGAGCGAUGAACGGUCAUCUAUGGCCUACUACUGCAGUCAUUACCGACUCCCGAACGCACGCACGCAUCAUGACGAACUAAUUGCUCUUCCUGCACAUCAAGCACCAAGAUUGUCCCGGCGGGGCGCAGCAUUUACCAUACUUAAAUUUAAUCAAAACUCGUCGAUCCAGGCACCAGAUAAAAUUAUGGCCAAACUCGAACAUAGUCGCCCUUUUCCCCUCAUCCCAUUCGCAGACGACCCUGCAUACAACCCGUUGAUGCGCAUAUCCUAUCAUCUCGGCUGCAUGGUUCUUGAUCGCUUGGUUGCCUAG